AGUUGACGAGAGAAGAAAUAACAAAAGUAUGUCAUGAAAUACAGCGUAAAGCAAAAUUAAUAAAGCCAUUCUGUGCAAUUAAACGAAUCACUCAUAGCUUUCUUGUCUUGAAUGAAAAGUUUUAAAAUGAACAAGAUGGGUUAUGAACAAAUUUGAGUUAUGACAAUCCAAUUUCAUGACGUGAUUUGUUAGCUUAGCAAAACAUCGCGUAUGUAAAAAGCAAAGCAUAAAAAAGAUGAACAAGGGGCCGGACGAAGAUAUAGCUUAUCACAAGGAUACCGCCACUAACGGGGCGUUACGAAAGACAGACGCAAACAAUACGAAUUCCAGCGAUAACCCAGCGUGUGCCCUGACAACAGCUUUUCAAAACGCGACAGCGAACGGGGAUAAAAUGGUGUCGGAUGGGAGACAACAGGAGUUUCUUCUAGAAGAAGAAAAUAACUAUAAUCUGACGUCUUUUCACGACGAUAAAAUCAAAGAACAUCUUCUUAACGCCGUGCGGCGUGGGUCAUAUGAAGUCGUAGUCACGUUAUUUGAAAGUCUUGAUCUUGGGGCAGAGGCUGAACUGAUUUCAGGAGAACAUGGUGGAUAUGAGUGGACACAAAGCAAUUUUCCACCUCUCAUAGUAGCUGCACAGUUAGGCCAAUACGAUAUCAUAAAAUAUUUCCUCUCAAAAGGCUUCAGAAUCGAGCCACCUCACGAGAUACAAUGCGGAUGUGAAAAUUGUCAUGUAGAUUAUUUGCGCACUUCCCAAGAGAGAUUAAGCCUGUAUAAAGCUUUAGCUAAUCCUAUAUGGAUUACACUUACAACCGAUGAUCCGAUACUGACAGCCUUCACGAUGAGUACAAAAAUGAAAUCCUUAGCGAGUCAAGAGGAUGAAUUCGAGAACGAAUACACCGAACUGUACAAAAGUUGUAAACAACUGGCAGUUGGAUUAUUAAGCGAAUGCUACGACUCGAAAGAACAAGAAGCGAUAUUGAAUUAUUCGCAUGAAGACAAUAAGCAGGCAAAUAGCGGGGACAAGCGAUUAGAUUUACUUAAAAUGGCCAUUUCUAUGGAGCAAAAGGAGUUUGUGGCUCAUACGUUCAGCCAACACCUGUUAAUGUCUCUUAUAUUCAAGUGUGCAAAAGGAUGGCGCAAUAACAACCUAGCGUAUAAAAUCCUUUUCGUUGCAAGUCGAGUUAUCAUAUUUCCUCUGAUGGCGACUGCCUACAUCGUGUUUCCUUGUUGGAGCUUCUCCUGCACUAUGAAAGAACCUUUAAUAAAGUUUAUCAACCAUACAACUGCCUUUGUGAUAUUCUUGAUGCUUCUGGCAAUUUCCUCGACUCAACCUCUGAAUAUUCGUAAAGGCGAAACCCUCAGUGCCAUAGAAUUCUUAGUGAUAUUCUAUGUCCUUGGUCUUAUGUGGUCUGAGUGCAAGCAACUAUGGACUGAAGGACUUUUUAGAUAUUUGUCAAGUGGUUGGAAUUGGAUGGAUCUAUCGAUGCUCUUGAUGUUAUGUGGUGCUUUCCUUAUAUGGGCAACGACGGCAGUAAUCGCCUCGUUCUCGUCGACGAACUAUAGCGAGAGUUUACGGAUGACGGUCAGCGUUGCCGACGGUCUGUUCGCGACUGGAAUUGUAAUGAGCUUUUUCCGGUUAAUCUACUUGUGUCAAAUUAGUCGGUACCUAGGCCUGCUUCAACUUUGUCUCAGUCGGAUGGUCCGUGUUAUAAUGCAGUUUGCUUUCAUAAGUUGUGUGGUGCUAUGGUCGUUCUCAAUUGGUAUGCAUAUGUUGUAUAACUCGUCUAAACACUUUCCUGGAAAGAACAGGACCGGCAUUCCUCAAGGGCAUGGACCAGAAAAGGCUGACGAUGGUGGUUUCUUGGAGUUGUCUUGGCAUGGUGAUUUUAAAUCUCUAAUGAAUAGCGUUGUUACGAUGUCCUGGGCAAGUUUUAACAUGAUCGAACUGACAAGCCUCGCAGUGUUUGACAACACAAACAUGAUACAGUUUUGGAGUGCCGCGUUAUUCACGGUUUACCAUGCCUCAACAAUGAUCGUUUUACUUAAUAUGCUCAUUGCUAUGAUGGCGAACUCGUAUCAACAAAUAGAGGACAACAUUGAGAUUGAAUACAAAUUCGCCCGUGCUCAAAUGUGGGUGGAAUUUUUUGAUGAUGUCGCAACGCUACCGGCUCCGUUUAACAUCAUCCCAACGCCAAAGACGAUAUCAAGAAUAUUUUCGCUGUGCGUGGAAAAGAUUUGUGGGAAAUCUUGUAGUAUCUCGUAUCAUGGCAAGAGAAGUUUCUCCUUACAUCGUUCAGGAACUUUUAAUAGCAGCAGACGGAAAAAAGAGUAUUUGGAACUCUGCGAGCAGCUGGUGAAACGGUACCUUGCAAAGAAAGAAUUGAAUGAGAUGAAAAAGGAUGCAGAUACAAGCAUGCUGCAUGCAAUUGAAUCAAGUAGACUUGAAAUAAAACAGACUUUGGAAGACAUUAAACAAUUUAUGAGUCUUCAGGGAAAAGUUUAAUUGUUUGUUAAAGGAAGGAAAAUUCUAUUAAUGUAUAAAAUUUAACUAAGGGUGACAGAUGUGCAUGUGUGAAGCAGAGAGGAAGUUUGAAAAGAGAAGAUAGGAAAAAAGAAAAGGUAGUGGUACAUAGGGUCUGUUCCCCUGCAAGUAAUAGACUAGGAAAGUGCAUUUUUUGCAUGCUGUCCACAAGGAGCGUAAGAAUUAACAAAGUGACUUUCUGUGCCACCAGUGUCUCACUACUUACAGUUCAGUACAAUGGAAAAUGUCAUCUAGCAACAUCAAAGAACGAAAAUAUAGUUGGCAUUAUCUUCCAAAAAUUAUAUUUUAUUCUCCCAUGUACAUUUAACUUAUAUUUAACAUUACUAAUUUAUAUGAGUUACAGUACUGGUAUGGAAGAAAAGUUACUAUAUAAAGACAUGACUUAUGACAGAACUCAGUCAGAACUCAGAUGGUCUGCAUGGUCAGACUGUCAUGGUCAUAUCAUGUCUAGAACUUCAAGAUUGUGAACUACUUGUAUAUGUAUCACGAAAUUCGAAUAAAAACUGAAAGAAAU